AGUCUGUGCGCGCGCGGCGUUUCCUACACACUUCACCAGCAGCACCAGCAGCAGAGCAGUUCAACUCAAGUCAAAUGUAGUUUAAUCCCCAGUCGGAUAUCUCAUUUGUGUGUGUGUGUGUGUGUUUGUGUGUUUGUGUGUGCGUGCGCGCGCGCGCGUGUGUGCUGAUAAACCUGUAGUCGCAUUAUACUGACAUGGGGAACGGAGUAAAUAAGGUGCUGCCUGACCUGUAUUUGGGCAACUUUAAAGAUGCCAGAGACAGGGAGCAGCUGGCGAGAAACAACAUCACACACAUCCUGUCCAUUCAUGACACAGCGGCUCCCAUAUUACAAGAGAUGACCUAUCUCUGCAUCCCGGCCGCUGAUCUUCCCACGCAGGACCUGAAGAAGUAUUUCAAACAGAGCAUCAUGUUCAUGCAUGAGUGCAGGUUGAAAGGAGAAGGAUGUCUGGUCCACUGUCUGGCGGGUGUGUCUCGCAGCGUUACACUGGUCGUGGCUUACAUCAUGACAGUGACGGGUCUGGGCUGGCAGGAGGCGCUGGCCGCGGUCAGGGUGGUCCGACCCUGCGCCACACCCAACCCCGGCUUCCAGAAACAGCUGCAGGAGUUUCAGAGCACACAGGCGGAAGAGUUUCGGGAUUGGUUGAGGAGGGAGUAUAAAGAUUGUCCCUUUAACGACGAGGAACACGUCCACAACCUGCUGGCCCGGACCUCCAGCACCGGCGUGGGAACCGAGGGCAAACCCGUGGGCGUGUGAAGCCGGAGCGGUGAUGAAGAGCCGGGUUCCACCUUCAUCACUGAUGAUCACUGUGCUGCUUAGGAUGAGAGACCACGUCUCCGUGCUGUGUUUGGCGACCGCUUCAUUUCCGUCCUGACUUCUACGACUUUUCCUUAAACUUAUUGCUUCUUUUGUACAGAAAAACGAUGCUGAUGGUUUUUACUGGAAAAUAAAUACGAUUCAUCGUUGCACACGA